CAUGUAUACCCAGAGGCCUAUCAAAUGUUUCUAUUUUUUGUUUCCUGUUUUCAUAUUAUUGCAGUUAUAGUGAUAUUUCUAGCUAGCUAACCCUUGCUUUUUGAAAAUGUCACUUGGGUUUUUCCUGGCUCAAAAUAGGGCUUAGCUGGUGUCAUUGUGUGACAGUGACUGCGGCUGGUCCAGGUUUACUGUCAUUCUUAACUCGAUCAUCCCUAUAUUUAGCUACAUUUAGAAUGUAAAGUUCUAGUCUUUAAGAGAACACCACAAUGCAUUGAGAUGUAGGCUGUAUAAAAAUGAAAUGCGUGACAAAAUUUUUUAAAUUGGAACUAUUUUAAUAUUCAUCAAAGGGGCUGUGUCCCAAUAUAAAGUCAGCUGCCUCGGUGCCUGCAGGCUUAGAAAGCAGAACCCUCUGCAGGCAUUAUCCUAACAGUAAAGGAACCUCAAAAGGAAACAAGUUUGGGACGCACUUUGAAGGCAGGAUGACGUCACACACAGUUUGCGUGCCCGCACAAGAUCAGCAUUUACUGUUACAGCUGAUGCCUUUAACUUUCCAACUGACAGACUCUAUGCAAAUAAAUGCGGAUUCUGUCGUUGUAGCCAAAAUUGUUCUGAUUCUCUAAUUAACGGAAAACAAAAUUUGUUUUAUGUUCAGCUGACUACAUAACUAGCCACUAGUUUGGCUACUUUUUUUGGUUUUAACCAGAUUAUCAUGAUUUCAGUUGUUCGCUGUAUGUUCUAGCCAAGUUAACGCUAGCUACGUUGUUCUCUUGGGAAGUAAUAUGAUUACAAGUAAGUUCGCUGGCUAGUUCCGUUUCACUGACUGAGAUUCAAAAACAUUAAAUACAUUAUUCCAGUGCAUUAAAUGAUUAAAAUUUACUUUUAGGUGUGACUAUAACAAAUGAUCGCGUUCACUGUAUAUUCACAUUUCCACUGCUUCACUUGUUUGAGCUGCCAUUAAUUUAACGGAAGUGAGAAGUCUGAGGAAAACGCAAAGACCUAUGGGAUAGCCUUCCAGCUGAAGGAUGCAUCAGAACUGCCUUCAGAUUUAACCAAAAUAAGGCACCUUAGAAGGACGCAUUUUUUGAUGACUUCGGUUUGGGCAUGUCUACGAAGGACAAGUGUGAAAAUAGUGAAGAUGCUGCUUUCUAAGGCAGCUGACUUCGUAUUGGGACACAGCCCGGGUUACAUAUUGUUCAAUUGCAUUGCAUAAUGAUCUAUAAAUGUAUGUUAAAAGUCAGAAGAUGUGACGUAAAUAAACAGACAGUUGCCCUAUAAAGACACAAAAUGGCAAAAAUUUUCGAAGUUGAAAAUCAUGUCAGUAGCAGACAGUUUCAUUCUUUUAUGCAAUUAAGCAGAUUCAACUGUAGUUCAUUUAGCAUGUGUAAGGUUAUACGUAAACUUGAAAGCACUCAAAACUUUAAAUUUUUGGCAUAAUCCCGAGUGACCCUGACACCGGCAUGAGAUUUUUCAACUCAUACAUUCAGUGCUCUUGCAACCAAACUAUGAAAACACAAACUCUGUGCUCCGGCUUUAUUCGUAGAUGAUUUGGGACAACUAUGCCAAAGCCGGAGUUUCUAAGUACCACCAUUUCUAGUACCACCGCUAGUCGUCCAUUUACCAAGCACCGCCUCUCUACAGUCAAAUCUGCAACUACACCCCUCACCCACGACAUACUGGACAAUACUGUCUAUCUGGGAAUUCAUAAAAAUAUUCUUUCACCACUAAAAAUUUGUAUUCUGUCGUAGCAACAAGAUAAAGCGAACAAUAGCCAUAAGAUAUGCCAAUACAGCAGUGAAAACGCUGCUCACUGAAUAUCUAAAAAAGACAAUUUUUUCUAAAAUUAUACCGUGUCAUUCUACUGUCAAUAUCUGGGACUAAAUAUGGAAUAAAUUACAACCUUACUGUGGCAAGAUGAGUGCCACUCCUCUGAACUUCCAACACACAGAAACACGGGAAACCACAAGUUCUUUCCGCACUUACGUGCUUUUUUUAUUUCAGCCGAUCUGGCUUUUGAUAUAUUUACACCAGACACGGUUUUUCUUUCCGUUGUCCUUUUUUUAUAUAACGAACGUACGUUUCCUGCAUAAAACCGAUGCGGGUUCCUUUUCCGCUGGCAGCUUCUUUUUUCAGGACUCCCGGUCUCCGCUUUUAAAUCCUCAGGCUCACUGUUGAUCAAUCAGAGGCAAUCAGCGCAAUCAAACAAUUAGCAAUUAUCGGCGCUGAUUACCUCCACCUGACAGCUGUGACGUUGGAUCCGAGAGCCGCUCCUGUCACUCUCUCUCUGCAGCCGACGCCAAACCACGCCCACCCUACCACACUUACCAUUCGUUUUAUGCAAAGAGAUUUCCCUUCGAGUCUGAAUGGUCAUAUUUUGUCUUGGACAAUCCAUUUGUGAAAUAUAUGCUCAUUUGUGACGCCUGGGUACCUUCCAAGAUAGCUGUGCGUAAUACCACACAUGCCGUUUACGGUGUUGUCGCCCUUUGUAGUACAAUCUGGCUUGAUUGGCAAUUACUCUAUCCAGUCAGUGCCAGAAUAAGCUUUCUAACGAUUUAUAACAUGUCUAAUUUUACUGUAGAAUUGCGCUUUAUGGCCCAGACUGACCGAAAGUUUUGAAUCAUUAUGCCUGCCUUAUGCAUUCACUCUGUGGUAGCAGUAAAAUACGUUGCAUUCAGCAAAACGUUAUCUAUGUUUCGCCUUUUUUGGAAAAUAUUAUUAUUCUUGAGGACUUCUGAGCAUGGCUAAUGCUUAUGUUUGCUGAUAGACCUAGCUGAUUUACUGUUUUCUGGACAAAGUCAGAAGAAGAGAACGACAGCAUUGAUUCUCUGUCACUAGCCGUGUUUCCAUAAACGUAUUUUGAUGCGCAUUUUGCCAUUUUGCGCAUUUUGCAAUUCAUGGAAACAGCAAAAUGCGCAAAAAGUACCUCAAAUUCGCAAAAAAGUUUUUACACACGCUUGAAGUGGAUUUUGCCUUUUUCAAGAAAGAGUUAAUGAGCAAAAUGAGAAAUGGAAACAGUUUUUUUGAAUAAGUUCUGACGUAGCGAACAUUUAAGUCACAUGUCUGAUCAGCUGUUUCCGUUGUCGGCGUCUUCCCGGAUAUAUAUGGCCCUUUCUGCGUGCAUUAGAAUCAUUGCAUUUCUUUCUCUUCGUCUCCAGACAGCAUGAAACAUGGCAAAUACUAGCUGACAUGAAAGAACAAUUACAACUUGCCCAACUGAAAGUAAUUCCUGAAGACCUCUCUCCAUUUUUCGCUGUAGUUUUUCGCUCGCAGACUUGUUUUGUUUCCGGUUUGCAGCCUCUUCUUCUACUCUGUUUAUUACAGCCAUGCGUAAUGUAGCCUAUACCGCCAACUUCUGAUGUAACUACGCUUUGCGUAGCCUGGUUCAUUCAUUCCAAACCAGUUAAUGGAAACACUCUUAAUUCGCAUUUUCUUUUUUUUUUCUUUUUUGUGAUAUUUCAAAAGUUUACUUGACAAUUUAAUGGAAACGUGACUUCUGUCUACUGAACACAAAUAAGAUUUCAUAGUCUACAUGGACCCUGGUCAUAAUCUAUAAUCUGAAGUUGAUGGACACCAGGGAACCCGAGCUGGAUGUGGAGACAGACCACCAAGACAUCCUGAUGGCUGGGACAACCCCAGAAGGAGUGAAGCCUGAGCGCCUCUCUUUCCGGGCCUAUGCUGCUGUCCUCUACAUCGACCCCAGAAUGAGGAUCUUCAUCCAGGGGCACAAAGUGCGCACCAAGAGGCUGUCCUGUUGCCUCUACAAGCCAAGGGUAUACAAGUACACUUCCACACGCUUCAAAACCCGGACUGAGCAGGAGGUGAAAAGGGCCAACCAUCUUGCUAAGAUAGCUGAGGAGAAGGCGAGAGAGGCAGAAAGCAAAAGUUUGUCCCUAGAGCUGAAGCUGGGAGGAGACCUUUCCCGAGAUGCAAGGACUACACUCCGGAAAUCUCAGGAGUUGGCCAUGAUGCUGCGCCGAGAAGCAGAUGUUAAGCGGAAGAUCCUGGAGAACAAACAAAAAGCCCUGAAGGAACCCAAGGAACUUUGCUUCAUAUUUGGAGUGAACAUUGACCAACGGGAGCUUGAUGGCAUGUUCGUGUAUAACUGCAGCCGACUCAUCAAGAUGUAUGAGAAAGUUGGCCCCCAGCUAGAGGGAGGCAUGGCAUGUGGGGGUGUGGUUGGAGUUGUAGAUGUGCCUUACCUAGUCCUGGAGCCCACACACAACAAGCAGGACUUUGCGGAUGCAAAGGAGUACCGCCACCUGCUGAAAGCCAUGGGUGAACACCUGAUCCAGUACUGGAAAGACGUGUCAAUUGCCGAGAAGGGGAUUGUAAAAUUCUGGGAUGAAUUUGGCUAUCUCUCUGCCAACUGGAACCAGCCACCUUCCAGUGAGCUGCGGUACAAGCGGCGUCGAGCCAUGGAAAUUCCUGUUACAAUCCAAUGUGACAAGUGUUUGAAAUGGCGCACUCUCCCUUUCCAGCUGGAUGCCGUGGAUAAGCGGUAUCCUGACAGCUGGGUCUGUCUUAUGAACCCAGACAGUAUGCAGGACAGGUGUGAUGCUCCAGAGCAGAAGCAAAACCUUCCAGUGGGAGUGCUGCGUAAGGACACAAAAUCCACAGAAGACAAGCAGAAAGAGCUUUCUGAGAAGAUCAGGCAGCAGCAAGAGAAGCUGGAGGCCCUCCAGAAAAUCACUCCCAUAAAAUCUCAGGCAGAUGUGAAGAAAUUACCUCUGGAUGUCAGCAUGAAGACAGCAAGUCCUCAGGCCACUCGGGCAUUUGAAAGAACAGUGCGACCUCGCUCCCCACCACUCCCGGCUGUGAUCAAGAAUGCGCCCAGCCGACUGUCCAUGUCCAAGCCCCCGCCACUCAGCAGGAAACCUAGCACCCCGACACGGACAGCCAGGACUUCCGUCUCCUCUUCCCCACAACCUCCACCUAUCAGAAUGGAGGACUCUGCCCCCAAGGGGCGAGCUGCAGCUGCCAGAAAGACUCCUCCAUCCCCCAGCUCUAGGACUCCAGCCGUCAAACCUGUCACCCACACACUGCCCCCUAGCAGAGGAGCAGCCAGUCGCAGACCACAGAGCAUAGCAAAGCAGACCCCUUCAACAAGCAGACAGCGUAAGAUGGUGGCUGACAAGGAGAGUACUGAUGAGGAGGAAGAGGAAGAUGAUGAACAAGAAGAAGAAAGUGAAGAGGAGAAGGAGCCACAGCCAAAGAAAAGCAAACUAGGCUCAGCAGUGGCAGAAUGCGGCAAGGCAGUGAAGAAGGCAGAGCCAAAGCUAGGGAAGAUGAUGGAGGUGCAAGCGCAGACAGCAGAGGGUAGAGUGAUGAUGGAGAAUGUCCCAGGCUCCCAGGGCAGAACCUCCCCUCUGUCCAUCAGCAGUACGGAGAAAGAGGGGAAACAAAAACAGGGCUCUCGAAAGAAGGGGCUAGCAGCUGCAAUUGAGCCCCAGCUCACCAGGGCAGCGCUGUCUGUGCCCGCCCCCAUGCAGCCCCCUGCCCUAAAGUUCAGCAGUCGAGCAGUAGUGAAGAUCACAGACAGCACAGAGGAUCAGGAGUCAGAGAAGGACCUGAAGGACGCACAAAAAGACAAAGGUCAACUGGUUGAGGUGAAGGUGAACAGGGAGUGGUUCACUGGCCGGGUGGCCGCCGUGGAAGCCAGCAAGCAGAGCAUUCGCUGGAAGGUCAAGUUUGACUAUGUUCCCACCACUGCAACACCUCGUGACCGAUGGGUGUUUAAGGGCAGCGAUGAAGUACGGUUGAUGCGUCCUCCAUCCCCCGUGUCCCAGAGUCCUGACACCCAAGACGAGACUGAGAAGGCGUCAGCUCGUAUGGAACCUGACACUACACAGCCUGGCACAAGCCGUGAGGUCACUGACAGCCUGGUCAUUAUGAUGAGAACGUUCCUGCGUUACUUUUUUCCUCCCGAUUUCCGAAUCCCAAAAGAUGAUGUGAAUACCAUGACUGCAGAAGAGCUGGUGGCAUUUCCAAUGAAGGAGUACUUCCAGCAGUAUGAACUGGGCCUACAGAGCCUGUGCAACUCCUACCAGACCCGAGCAGAUGCCCGGGCUCGUGCUGUAGAGGAGAAGAGCAGCAGUGCAGAGGCUCGGCUUCGCGAGUCAGAGGAGAAACUCCAAAAGCUGCGCACCAACAUUGUGGCUCUGCUGCAGAAAGUCCAAGAGGACAUUGACAUCAACACUGAUGAUGAGCUGGAUGCCUACAUUGAAGAUCUGCUCACCAAAGGGGACUGACCUUAACUUCUGUUAUGUUGGCCCAGACAGACACUGACUUACCUGUGCUACACAUGGCUGGAUUACUCCAGCCUUGCUAGCAAAUCUUGUUCUGUUCCUGUUCAAACUUGUUCUAUUUUCUGCUGGUCAAGGUGUUGUCAAGCAGCAGCUGGAAACAGUGGGUUGCUACAAUGGCAGAGAUGUGAUGGACUCUUGUAUAUGGGACUUUCCUCCUGCAUAAUGCCCCAGUUCAAUAUUGUCUGCUACCAUUUGAGGAUUUUUGGAAAUUUUAGUCUUGAGUUGAUCUUGGAUGUCUGUAUAUGAAUACUGUCAGUUGCAAGAGGAAUUACAGUUUGGUUAUGGACCAACGUAACAUGAAUGGAACCUGAAACAACCCAACAUAUUCAGAAUACUAUCAUUCCACAGCUACGCUUCUUCGAUGUGUAAGAAAAGUGUUGUAUAGAUCUACCGGAACAAGGUUUAUAACCCUUUGAACUGUAUUGCAAGGCUGCAGAGGAACUCCUCAGGCUCUUUGAGGUUUUUUCAUUUUAUAGUGUUUUUGAUUUGUUUUUUUUGUACGAGUGAACAUGCCCUUGGAAUGCAUGUUUUUUCCCCACAUAUUGUUUAGCUAAGGCUAGUGUAAUUCUGGAACCAUUGUUUAAACCUGGUAUAUCAAGCAAAGGUCACCACCGGAGCAUGUAGUCUGUAGGGGACAUGAAUUUACAUGCUGGGUCAUCUUAUUUUUUUUGCAAAUGGAUUCUGUUGCUUUGUAAAUGCACUUUAGUUAAACACAUUAUGUUUUGAUGCUCUGUAAUGUAGUUGUAGUUGGUGAAUGUCUGAAAGGAGCAAGAAAAUUGCCAUUUCAAGCAGCAUUGCCCAUUACACUUAGGUAGAUGUGAAUUGAGAAUCUGUUGGUUUAGUUUUCUUCUUACAGACCUGCACAUCAGUUAACAAUCACCAACUAUGAUUCCUGGGGAAUGCAAUUCCUGAGGGCAUUAUAGUUGGCAUUUACAAUUUAAUCCUGGUCUGUUAUCCAGGGUGCUUUUGCCAGUCAGGGAGAAGUGGGGGCAGGGUGUCAUUAAAGGGGUCAUGGUCUUCCAUAUGGUCUUUAUUUUUUAUUUUUUGUCCCUCACAGUGAAUAUUGUUCAAAAUGAGUGAAAUAACAAAUUUAAAAAGUACAAUGAAUCAACCAAACAUUUGGGGGCCUUCCCAUAAGCUUCCCCUCAAGCCAAAGUGUUUUCUGGGCUUUAUCAGUAUAUAUUAUUUUUAAAACAUUUUAGUCAUAAUUACUGCAUUAACCUCUACAUUUGUUGCUUUUUUAAAUCUUGGAAAAGUAAUCUGGAUUUUUGAAUUGCCCAAAAAUAUGUUGGGAGUUAAUUUACAGUUGAGGGGGUGUCUUUGUUCUGUGGUAAUGUUUCUUUUAAGAAUAUUUUUUAAAUAUCAAAGAACUGUUUUAUUAAAAGGUGUGAUUUA